UUUCUAACUGUGACUGAUUGUUGUUCCACAGCACCCAGACUCCAGACACAGAACAGGAGGAUCAAGAGGUCAUCAGUGAGGUCAUCAUAGAGGAGCCAGAGGCUGCGGCGGCGGAGACUUCCAAAGAACCCACAAAUGACAUAGAGAUGGAGGUGUUGGAGCGGGUCCAGCUGGAGCAGGUGGUGGAGCUGAGUAUCCUGCUGAAGGGAGAGAGGUACAGCGAUGCUCUCAGAGACCCUGCCAGCCUCCAGUACCAGACACUCAACCAGCAGUUCACUGACAAGAUAAAGGAUGCUGUGGGGGGACUGCCAGGCUUUAAGAGUGUGGCUGUGCUGCAGUUCAGGCUUCAGAAGGAUGCCCAAGGGUUGGAUGGUGUGGUGGUGGUCUAUGCAGUGACAGUGGAGGUGGAAGGCGAGGGGGUGAGCAGUGACCAGCUGGACUACCUGACCCUGCAGUCCAAUCUGGUGGAGAACUCCUACAGAGAGGUGAAGGAGAGGAACUACAUCACCGAGGCCCAGCACAAGGACAACAUCAUCAGUGAUACAACUCUGGUCCUGGACCCUGACUCACUGCAACUAUAUACUGUGUCCAGUGUUAAUGAGUCCUUUGAGCCCACUGCUGGAAUACCCGAGGAUUACACCAACGGCAGUGUGGAGGACAUUUUGGCUGUUGAGAUGACCCCAGACGCCCCCGAGGUUGAAGCUGAGGAUGUAGCGACAGGGGAGAAUGAUGUCAUUGUUGUAAAGGAGAGCAUGACCCUCCCCGCUGAGCUUGAGGUGACCAUCGAUGACACAAGCAUUGAGGAGGAGGUUCUGCUGUUGGGGAACACUGUGUCUACAGAGAGCCCUCUGUUGGAGGACCUCCCUACAGACCCUACCUCCCCUGAGCAGCCAGAGGGUGCUACGCUCCCCGAGCCUCCUGUGGAGAUAGAGGCCUCUGGUUCAGGUGUUAAAGUACUGAAGGACUUGCACUUCCAGCCUGAGGAAGAAGAAGCCAUAGAAGAAGAGCCAGCUCCAGAAGAGGAACUGACCAUAGAAGAAAAGGUAGUUCCGGAAGAGGUAAUCAUAGAGGAAGAUAUCCAAACAGAGGAAGCAGAAGUGGUGGUCUCUGAGGAAGAUAUGGUAGAGGAGGAAACAGUGGAGGUCCCUGACAGUGGAGGUCCCAAUCCCCCUGCCAUUGCGACUCUGCCCCCAGAUGAACCUGAAGAGGAGACUAACGUGGUGCUGGCUUAUCCAGAAAUACCUGAAUAUGGAGUGGAAAUUGAGAGCUUAGAGGGACCAAUCACCGAGAAGCCAGUAACUAAAGAGGAUGCUCUGGAAGUGGAGGAAGAGGUGGCAGAAGAAGUGGUCGUUGAAGUUCCGGACAUUUCUGAGGAGGACUUGGUAGAAGACGAGAUCUUAUUGGUCGAUGAGGCUGCUCCGGAGGCCACCCACACCACCCCUCUCUCUGCGGAGAAAGAGUCACCCUUCACUCGAGUCUCUGAUGUCAUAGUAGAUGAGGAGGUUACAGAGGCCACGGCCCUGGACACAGCCGCAGAACCAGAGGCAGAACAGGAGGACCAAGGGGUCACCCCAGCUCUCAUACCCGCCGAGUACCACCCUGGUCCAGACAUUUCUAUCACUCUGGAGCUGCAGACGAUAGACCCUGUGACAGACUAUGACCUGGUCCACUUUGGCGGGACAAACCAAACAGAGGAAGGGAGCAGUGGGUACCCUUCUGGAGUGGUAAAUAGUACGGACCACAGCAUUGCCAUGCCAAUCAACCCUGGGCGGGCUCUGAUGGUGUUCUUCAGUCUGAGGGUCACCAACAUGAUGUUCUCAGAUGACCUCUUCAAUAAGAGCUCCGCAGAAUACAAGGCCCUAGAACAAAGGUUCCUCGAGCUGCUGGUCCCCUACCUCCAGUCCAACCUUACUAACUUCCAGAAUCUGGAGAUCCUGAACUUCCGGAAUGGGAGUAUCGUGGUCAACAGCCGGAUGAAGUUCGGGAGGCCGAUGCCUCGCGGCGUCAACAAUGCAGUCUACUUGAUCCUGGAAGACUUCGCUAACACAGCCUACCAAACUAUGAACCUGGCCAUUGACAAGUACUCACUGGAUGUUGAGUCAGGUGACCAGGCGAACCCGUGUAAGUUCCAGGCGUGUAAUGAGUUUGCCCAGUGUUCUGUGAACCGCUGGUCUAGCGAGGCGGAGUGUGUGUGUAAUGCUGGCUACUUCAGCGUUGAAGGUCUGCCCUGUCAGAGCAUCUGUGAACUGCAGACAGACUUCUGUAUGAACGACGGGAAGUGUGACAUCAUACCUGGACAGGGGGCCAUCUGCAGAUGUCGUGUAGGGGAGAACUGGUGGUACCGUGGAGAACACUGUGAGGAGUAUGUGUCAGAACCUCUGGUGGUCGGCAUAGCAAUAGCCUCUGUAGCAGGUUUCCUAUUGGUGGCAUCUGGUGUGAUCUUCUUCCUGGCGAGGACACUACGGGAUCAGUACGAUAAGGAUGAGACCGAGGACCCCAUACGGCGAGGGGAGAGUAUCCCGUCUCUAGAGAGGGCCACUAAAUACAACCCCAUGUAUGAGAGUGAGGCCACGACGGGCUACAGCCACUACUACCGCCGCUACCCAGAGGCUCCGGUCUACAGCAGUGCCAGCGCCGAGGCCUCCACAGACUUCAGCAGUGAGGAGAUACGCCACAUCUACGAGAACAGCGAACUGACCAAGGAGGAAAUCCAGGACCGGAUACGUAUCAUCGAACUCUAUGCGAAGGACCGGCAGUUUGCAGACUUUGUGCGGCAGCAUCAAACUGCCCUGGAUACACGCAGACAGAGCACCCUUGAUAAACGCAGAGAGAGCGCGUCCACGUAGAACUGUAUGGGACACUCAGCUGUAUGCUGGACAACAAGGUACCUUAUCCUUAACGUUGCUCUUUCCCCGCCCUGCUCGUCCUCCUUUGUUAGUGCCUUCUCUCGAUUGGGUGAGCUCUGCUGGAAUGGGUGUGGUGGCUGUGGGCAUAUCUGCUGCUCAUUGGAUGUCUUCCUUUGGGGGAAGACCGGCCUCCCUCCAUCUGGAAUCAUAUUCGUUACUUGAAAUGAUGACAAACAAAAUGCAAUGCUCUCUAGGAUACCCGUUCUUUAGGUAGCAGAUAAGACCUGAUAGAGUAUUACAUUUGCAUUUAAUGUCAUAUGUCACCCAGUUGUUGAUGGAAGAAUGUAGCACUGUGAAAGUGUAAAUAUUUAUCCCAUUGGAAUGUUGGAUAGGUACUGUAAGGUGUGAUUAUCACUGUUUCUGCUGAUGUGUUGUAUGGACUGUUAUGGUUAAAGACUGUAUGAACUAGAGACUUUUCUUAAAGGGAUGGUCUAUACCAGGGGUGCACAACUCAGGACCUCAGGCAGCUCAGGCCCUCUGGCAACUCAGGCCCUCUGGCAACUUCUGCAGGGACUAAAAGCAGCAGAUAUUGUUGCCCUCUGGACCAGAGCUGUGUGCCCUUGUUCUAUACCCAGCUGGAGGUUGUUGGAGAUUGAGCUCAGUUGACUGGCCAGUGUCUGUGCUGUUCUGGGUGCUAUGGGAUCUCUGUUGUCUGAGUUUCUGGCUAGUAGUAAGCCUAGGUAGUGUUCUCCUGAAGUUGGGAGAAGCUAGUUGGAUGCACUCUGUGGGCAGAUCUUAAAUCUCAGCCCUCUAUGGCUCUGGUGAAAAGUAGUGCACUAUAUUGGGAAUAGGGUGUACUUCGACAUUUUAAGAAAAGUGGACAAAUGGAGGGUGAAUCUUCAAUUUUUGUUCAGCUGCAAUACAUUUUCCCCUCUUCUUUCCCUCCUCUAUCCCUCACUCACUCUACAUCAGGAAGCAGUUGGAGUUUGUUUUCUAUAGGAAAAAAAGUAUUAAGAGAGAGAGGGGGAGGGAGGGAGAGGGGGAGAGAUUUUGUUGAAGGACCAAAAUAUAAGUGAAAACACAUUUAGAAUGGAAACAAUCUUCAAGGGGAAAAAAGCAAACCAAGGAUUUGAUCAGGCAGUCUGUUUCCAGAUAUGUGUUAGAAAACAUUCAAAAAAUUAUAUAAAAUGUACAUGCAUAAACAACAUGUGCUCUGUGGACAAGCAAACUCUUAGCAGCAGCUUUCAAAUCAAAUACAAAUGAACCAGAAACUUCCAAAUGGUCCAUUCUGUAACAACUAGUUUGGACAUCAUCCUUGCUUUACCCUGUAAGUAUUUCACGAGGAGGACUGGUUUACAGUGAAUCCUCAUAGUUACAUCUCUUCAUGCUAUAGGUUUACUUUUCCACAUUUGUCUUGACUGUGAAUAGUAAUAGGAAAUCAUAAGAAUACACAGAUCGAACUCAAAUGGCAAUAUAUUCCCUAUAGUGCACAACUUGCCUAAAGUAGUGCACUAUAUAGGGUAAAGGGUCCAUUUGAGAUGUGGCCACAGACAUGUAAGAUAUUUCCUGAUUUAGGUUUACAUUUCAUGUUGUCCUGUCCUUUUCUCUCAGGCCUCUGUAUGGCUCCACACAAGCGAGAACACGGGUUACUGUGGUUAAGCACAAGCUUACCUUCCACUUAUGAUAUAUUCAUGCCUUUUCAAUCUGUGUGUUCAUUUUUAAAUACAUGUUCUCGUGUGCAUAAAGUGGUUUUCUCCACAUUCUCUUCCUUCAUUGGGACUCAUAGCCAAUGGGAUGGAUCCAGAACGCUGUGAUGAUGUAAAUACUUUCUGAGUGUUAUGGUAUGUUCUUUACACUAGAGUGUCAACGGAAUGUGCUUGAAAUGUUGACAGGUUUUGUUGUACAAAAAAAAAAAAAAAAAUGUUUUUUUUACAUUAGCACUGGUGGAUAUUUAAACAAAUAUUACAUUACUACUUGCAGUUAUGUCAAUGUUUAUUCUUAAAAAAGAAAUAAUAAAA